AAACCCGCCGCACCGGUUCCGGCCAAAGUGCUUUCCCGGCGGAGACUCAUCGCGGACGAUGCACCCGGGGACGUCCAACACAUUAUCAUGUCGCUCCCGAAGGGCUUGCACUACGUCGAAGGACAGUCGCUCUCCGUCAUUCCGCCCGGAACCAAUCCGCAAACCGGUCGACCGCACAAACCGCGUUUGUACAGCAUCGCAUCGACGCGCUACGGAGACGACCUCCGGGGCAACACGGUCAGUCUCUGUGUGCGGAGAGCCGAAUACGUCGAUCCACAAACCCGUAAGGUGGAUCCCACCAAAGCCGGAGUCUGUUCCAACUUUUUGUGCGAUAUGGUACCCGGGACCAUUGUGCAAGUGGCCGGGCCCGUCGGGAAGACCAUGCUCUUGCCCGACAUUGGCAACAGCAACAACGAAAAGGCCAAUCAGCAGGAUAUCAUCAUGGUCGCUACCGGCACGGGUAUUGCCCCCUUUCGGGCCUUUUUGCGUCGCUUGUUUCUCGAAAAUACCGUCGCCAAGCAAAUGUACCAGGGACAGGCCUGGCUCAUUCUCGGUGUCUCCGUUACCGGUGGACUCCUCUACGCGGACGAAUUUGAACGUAUGCAGCAACCGUCCAAUACCAACUGGCCCGGACAGCUCCGCGUGGACUACGCUAUUUCUCGCGAAAUGAAAAACCAACAGGGUGGGAAACUGUACGUACAGGACGUCUUGUCCGAAGAGGCGGAAAUGUUGUGGACCAAACUGGAGGACGGGGCCAUUAUCUACUUUUGCGGCCUCAAGGGGAUGAUGCCGGGGAUUCUGGAAGCCUUGGAAGACGUCGCCAAGGCACGUGGGAAAGUGUGGUCACAGACGCUGCGGAGACUCAAGGCCAACGGACAGUGGCACGUGGAGGUGUACUAA